AUGGCCCUAAAAAUUGAUUCGGAUAUGUGGUGUGAUGAUCAGGAAAUUCUUAAAGAUCAUGUCAAUGAGUUCUAUAAGAAGUUGUUCACAAGAGACCCUUUGAUCAAUCAAAGUUUGAAUAAUCAAAAGCCUUUCCCGGAACUAAGUCAAGAUCAUUGGAAUUGGCUUAAUAAAUAUUUUGACAAUAUUGAGAUCAAAGAGGCUUUAUUAAACAUGAGUCCUCUCAAAGCCCCCGGUCUUGACGUUAUUGCCAACCGUCUUAAACCUAUUCUGCCUAUUGUUAUCUCUAACAGCCAAACGAGCUUCGUUCCGGGUAGGGUGAUUACAGAUAAUAUUAUUCUUGCUCAAGAAGUCAUUCAUUCAAUGAAGAAGAAGAAAGGAAGAAAAGGGUGGAUUGUCAUAAAAAUAGAUCUUGAGAAAGCAUAUGACAGACUGGAUUGGAACUUCAUAAAAAACACUAUAGAGAAGAUGAAUCUUCCUAAUAAGAUCAUGCUUGCUAUUAUGAAUUGCACAAGCUCGAUGACUAUUCAGAUUAACUGGAAUGGAGAGCUUACCGAACCCUUCAAGCCUUCUAGAGGGAUUAGACAUGGAGAUCCCUUGUCUUCAUACCUCUUUGUGAUCUAUGAUCUUAUUCUUUUUGCGGAAGCUGACAUAUCCCAAAUUGAAGUUAUUCAGAAUACUCUCAACAGAUUCUGUUACAGCUCAGGACAUAAAGUUAACCUGCAAAAAUCCAACAUAUAUUACUCCAAUAAUGUUGAUACACAAACUAGAAAUUCUAUUACCAACAUGCUCAACAUCAAGGAGGUGGAUAAUCUUGAAAGAUACCUGGGAGUUCCUAUGAAGAAUAAUGCUCGCCAAAUCGGUUCUCCCCUUAAUAUUGAUUACACUAUGCAAUCAAUAUUAAUCCCCAAAGGAGUGUGUAAUGAACUGGAAAGACUUACCAGAAAUUUCAUUUGGGGAAAUUCAAAUGAGCAUAAAGGUGUACAUCUUGUGAACUGGGAGACACUCUGCAUACCUAUCAAAGGAGGAGGACAAGGACUUAAGAGUCUAAGAAGUCAAAAUGAGGCUUUUAUUUUUAAACUAGCGUACAAACUCAUUAACAGAACUGAUCUUCUGUGGGUGCAGAACUUAUGCUGGAAUAUUGGAAAUGGAAAACAAGUGGAAUUUUGGCAUGACAAAUGGUUAGACAGUAAAGAACCUUUAUCCAGACUAUGCAAUCAACAAAGGGAAGUGCAGAAUGACAGAUCAAAAGUUAAGGAGUGGAUUAACCAGAACGGUACAUGGGAUUGGAACAGACUUACAAAGCUAUUCCCGGAUCAAAUCAUCAAUAUGUUUAAAGCUACUCCACCCCCAGUGGAUGAGUCCAUCACUGAUUCUCCGGCUGGAUCCUCUCAGAAAAAAGGGUUUUCUCGGGUGAAGAUAUUCCUAUGGCUUAUUGGAAGGAAUAAAAUUCUGACUAAUUCGGAAAGGAAGCGCAGACCUAUGAUAAUGGAUGAGAGAUGCCCUAUGUGUGGUUACGAAAUUGAAGACAUCAAUCACACUCUGAGAUUUUUCCCUAAAGCUUUGACUAUUUGGACAGAAGUUAUUGAUAACAAGAAUAUGGAUCAGUACCUGAGAAAGAAUAUAGAGGAAUGGAUUAUCGAGAAUCUUGAAAUCACCCAGUCUCCAACUUCUAGAACGGAGAAUUGGCCUACCUUCUUCAGCUCCAUUAUCUGGUAUAUCUGGAAAAGAAGAAUCAGUAUAUGUUUGAUUCUGAAAUGA